AAAUACCGCAAAAACCAGAUAAGCCCGGUGCGCCGUCUCCUUCCUUCUCGGCGCUCUCUCGCCCGCGCCUCCAUCACUCGCUAGUCGCUCCCUCCGCCUCCGUCCACCAUGCCCGCCUCACUCCUUCCUCCGACCUUCCUCCCCCACCACCUGCGCCGCCUCGCUCCCGCCGGUUGCACUACCUCUUCCGUCACCUCCUCCUCGGUCUCCAUCCCAGCGAGCCGCUACGACUUCGAGCCCCUCUUGGCCUACCUCUCGUCCCCCUCCGUAUCGGCCUCCCUCACCUCGCCAUCCCCACCGGCAUCCGUUCCGGCGCCCGAGCACCGCCUCGCCGCGUCUUACUCGGCUGUCCCGUCGCACGAGUGGCAUGCGUUGCUGCGUGACCUCGCCGCUAGUGACGCGUCCCUGCCGCUGGCCUUCGCGUUGCUACCUUUCCUCCACCGCCACCGUCUCUGCUUCCCGCUCGACCUCCUCCUCUCGUCUCUUCUGCACUCGCUCUCCGUGUCCGGCCGCCUUCUCCCGCACUCCCUCCUUCUCUCCUUCCCGCCGUCGCUCUCCGACCCGCCGUCCCCACUGCUGCUCAACUCCCUCCUCGCUGCGUCCGCCGCGGCCUCGCGCCCCGCCGUGGCCCUCCGGUUGCUCUCGCUGCUCCGCGAGCACGAUUUCCUCCCGGACCUCGCGUCCUACUCGCAUCUCCUCGCUUCGCUGCUCAACACGCGGGACCCGCCCGACGCCGCACUGCUCGAGCGCCUCCUCGGUGACCUCAGGGAGUCGCGGCUCGAGCCCGAUGCUCCGCUCUUCUCGGACCUCAUCUCUGCUUUCGCGCGGGCGGCGCUCCCGGACGCUGCGCUGGAGCUCCUCGCCUCCGCGCAGGCCAUUGGGCUCACGCCGCGGUCUAACGCGGUCACCGCUCUCAUCUCCGCCCUAGGCACUGCAGGGCGCGUCGCCGAGGCGGAGGCGCUGUUCCUCGAGUUCUUCCUCGCUGGGGAGAUCAAGCCGCGGACGCGUGCUUACAACGCGCUGCUCAAAGGUUAUGUCAGGAUUGCUUCGCUCAAGAACGCAGAGCAAGUUCUUGACGAAAUGUCACAAUGCGGAGUUGCGCCAGAUGAGGCCACUUACAGCCUGCUUGUGGACGCGUACACAAGAGCUGGGAGGUGGGAAAGUGCGAGGAUACUGCUGAAGGAGAUGGAGGCCGAUGGAGUUAAACCAAGCUCGUACGUGUUCAGUCGGAUCCUUGCAGGAUUCCGUGACAGGGGGGAUUGGCAAAAAGCUUUUGCAGUGCUCCGAGAGAUGCAAGCUAGUGGAGUAAGGCCAGAUCGGCAUUUCUACAACGUCAUGAUCGAUACAUUUGGGAAGUACAACUGCCUUGGGCAUGCUAUGGAUGCCUUUAACAAAAUGCGAGAAGAAGGGAUUGAGCCGGAUGUUGUCACAUGGAAUACUCUCAUUGAUGCACAUUGUAAAGGAGGGCGGCAUGACCGUGCUGCGGAGCUGUUUGAGGAGAUGCGUGAAAGCAAUUGCCCACCAGGCACAACCACAUACAACAUCAUGAUAAAUUUACUCGGAGAGCAAGAACACUGGGAGGGUGUGGAAGCAAUGCUAUCAGAGAUGAAGGAGCAGGGACUGGUACCCAACAUUAUCACAUAUACUACUCUCGUGGAUGUGUAUGGAAGGUCCGGUAGGUACAAGGAGGCAAUUGAUUGCAUUGAAGCAAUGAAAGCUGAUGGUCUCAAGCCAUCGCCUACUAUGUACCAUGCCUUAGUCAAUGCAUAUGCUCAAAGGGGUUUAGCAGAUCAUGCGUUAAAUGUGGUCAAGGCUAUGAAAGCAGAUGGCCUGGAGGUUAGCAUCUUAGUGUUGAAUUCGUUGAUUAAUGCUUUUGGUGAAGAUAGAAGGGUUGUUGAAGCCUUCUCUGUGCUGCAGUUCAUGAGGGAGAAUGGUUUGAGGCCUGACGUUAUAACAUACACGACAUUGAUGAAAGCUUUAAUACGUGUUGAGCAGUUUGAUAAGGUUCCUGUUAUCUAUGAAGAAAUGAUCACAUCAGGAUGUGCCCCUGAUAGAAAAGCUAGAGCAAUGCUGCGGUCAGGUUUGAAAUACAUAAAACACAUGAGGGUUGCAUAGGAAACUAAACACAAUUACUGAUAGCAUCUGAUGGAAUCAUAUACCUUCUCCUGAUCUUAUAGAACAUUUCAACAGAAGGUGAAGCACCACAUGCUGACAGACACGAUCUGCUUUUGCACAAGAUGAUAGAAUCAUCAAUAUAGUCACUUCGUCUUCCUAAUCACCUAGGGGAAGGCGAAUAUAUAAUACAUCUUGAUCAUUUGCAAUGGAAGGAGAUUAAAUACAUGACACCAAGAAGUCAGGAUCUUGGUAUAGGAAACAAAUACAUAGUCUGUCCAGACCUCAAAAUUUGAGUUGGAAUCUUGGAAUUGACAUUUCCUUAUAACUCAAUUCCAGUAUUUUGCUGAGAAAAUCAAUUGUAACAUGGAAUCCAAUUCCAGCCUUUUCAAAUUGUAUCUAGGCGUAGACAUUUCUAGAAUUUGUCUAGGGCGAUACAAAAGGAAAUGUAAUGCAUUUUUAUUGCCUAAAACAAACUUUGGCAUUAGGUCCUGUUUGGAUCCUUGAAUUGAAUUGUAUUCUAACAAUCAUAAUUUAGACAUAGAUCAAUUAAGUUAAUAUAGUUUUACAUGGAA